AUGGCUCCAUUGAAGCUCAACAGCAAGAACCUUUCCCAGAUUGCGACGGCCUCCGGCGUUCCUGUACAGAUCCCGACCUUCCCGCGCGGUGAUGCGGUAAAGGAGGGAAUUGUCCACAUUGGUGUCGGUGGCUUCCACCGAGCCCAUCUGGCUGUCUACGUGAACGAGCUCAUGCAGCACCAUGGCGUAACAGACUACGCUAUCUGUGGUGUCGGAUUGCAGCCAUUCGACGCUGGAAUGCGAGAUGCCCUCAAUUCUCAGGAUGGUCUCUACACCGUUGUGGAGCGGACCGCUGAGAAGAGCGUCGCAAAGGUUAUGGGCAGCAUCAACUCCUACCUCUUUGCCCCAGACAACCGUGAGGCAGUAAUUGCCAAGCUUGCACACCCUGAUACCCAUAUUGUGUCGCUCACUAUCACUGAGAGUGGCUACUACUACAACGAAAACACACACGAGCUCCAGAGCGAUAACCCUGAUAUUCAGCACGACCUUCACGAUGAUCACGCCCCCACAACUGCCUUCGGUUUCCUCUACCAUGCUAUGGCCCGUCGCCAUCAGCAAGGUCUGAACCCAUUCAGCGUUCUCUCUUGCGAUAAUAUGCAAGGCAAUGGCUCCAUCACUCGUCACAUGCUUGUCUCAUUCGCCCGUUUGCGGAACCCAGAGCUUGCGGAUUGGAUCAAUACCAAGGGUCACUUCCCCAAUGCCAUGGUUGACCGUAUUACCCCACAGACCGCCCCUAUCGAUAAGGAAUCCCUCGCCAAGGAUUUCGGCAUCGAAGAUGCCUGGCCCAUCGUCACAGAGCCCUUCAUGCAAUGGGUAAUUGAGGACCACUUUUGCGAUGGCCGCCCUCCAUUCGAGAAAGUCGGUGUACAAAUCGUCAAGAACGUUAAGGAAGUCGAGGAAUUCGAGAAGCACAAGCUCCGUCUGCUGAACGGUAGUCAUGCCGUGAUUGCCUAUGGCGGCUGGCUUGCCGGAUACAAGUUUGUGCACCAGACUAUGGAGAACCCACUGUUCCGUGAAAUGAUCUGGAACAUGAUGCAGGAGGAGACCAAGCCUAAUCUCCCCAAAAUUCCUGGCGUCGAUAUCGAUCUCUACUGCCGCACUCUUAUCGAGCGCUUCUCCAACCCACCUAUCAAGGAUCAAUUGCCCCGUAUUUGUCUGAAUGGUACCGGCAAGAUCCCCCAAUUCAUCAUGCCCUCCAUCGCUGAGGCUAUCUGGGUUAAUGGUCCUUUCCGUCGUCUGUGUUACACUGCUGCCCUCUGGAUGCACUACAUCCACGGUGUCGAUGACACCGGCGAGAAGUACGAGGUUGUUGACCCCAUGCUUGAUGAGCUCCGUGCUAGAGCCAAGCACGGUGAUCCUACAGGACUGCUGAACAUUAAGAGUCUGUUCGGUGAUGAUCUGCGUAAAGAUAAGCGCUUUAUGGAGACUAUCACUGAAGCUCUUCAGGAUAUCGCCCGUGAUGGUGUCCUGAAGUCCCUUCCCAAGUACAUUAACUAG